UGUGAAUCAGUGCUGAAGGCUGGAGUAGGCCACUGUGAUAGGUGUCGAAUGUCAGUGCGCGUCUCGCGCUGCUGGAGGCUUCAGCAGUAGGGAAGUGAAAAGCACUUCCUACUUCCUCACGCACCGUUCUUCAAACGCUGUUGUUCAGAGGGCCGAAUGCGGAAAACGAUGUAGUUCUGAACAACUUUUAAGACCAAACAGCUAGACAUUUGAGGAAGAGCAGCGGGGAAUGAGCGUGAAGGAGAGAAACUGCGGGUUGAAGCUGGCUGAGCGGCUCGGAUGGCUGCGCGCGCGCGUGCGGAGCGGAGCUGAGUGACGAGGCGACUUCACACACCGGGCCUCGAGACCCUUAAAGUUUAAAACGGAGAACGAAACAAAACAAAACAAGGCGUCGACAUGAAGAAGCAGUUUAAUCGUGUGAAGCAGCUCGCCAACCAAACGGUUGGAAGAGCGGAGAAAACAGAAGUCUUAAGUGAUGACCUUCUACAGAUUGAGCGCCGCAUGGAGAUUGUGCGGAUGGUCUCGCAUAAUGCCUACAAGAAGUUGGCAUUAUGUCUGCAGGGCCAUGUUGGAACAGAUGCGGAAAAGAGACACAAAAAGCUGCCUCUGAUGGUCCUCUCUCAGGCCAUGGUGGAUGGCGGCACUCAGUUAGGAGAAGAGUGCAUGAUUGGGAAGAUGAUGGAGGUGUGUGGAGAAGCUGAAAGUAAGCUCGCCUAUGAGCAGAGCCAGCAUGAAGUCCAGCUUGAAAAGGAAGUCCUGGAACCACUUAACCAGCUAGCAGAGUUUGACAUUCCUAAUAUUAUAAAGCAGAGAAAGCAGCUAGCUAAGCUUGUACUGGACUAUGAUUCUGCAAAGGCGAGAUAUCACCAGGCCAGUAAAGCAAUUCUCACAGCUACAAACAACCAGGCAAUGGCUGCUAAAGCAGACUCCUGUAAAGAAGAGAUGGAUGAAGCCCACAACAAAGUGGAGAUAUGUAAGGAUCAACUGGCUGCUGAUAUGUACAACUUCUCCUCCAAGGAGGGAGAAUAUGCACGCUAUUACGUCAUGUUGUUAGAGGAACAAGCCGAAUACCACAGACGCUCUCUGGCUUGCAUUGAAUCCGUCCUUCCUGCUAUCAGAUCACAGCAAGACACAUGGAUGGAGAAGCCAGCAUUUGGUACAGCACUUGAGGAGCACCUUAAGCGCAGUAACAGAGAGAUUGCCCUGCCUAUAGAGGCCUGUGUGAUGAUGCUGUUGGAAACAGGCAUGAAAGAGGAGGGAUUAUUUCGUAUUGCUGCAGGAGCCUCUAAACUAAAGAAGCUCAAAGCAGCAUUGGAUUGUUCAACUUCUCAGCUGGAGGAAUUCUACUCAGACCCCCACGCUGUAGCAGGAGCCCUGAAGUCAUACCUGAGGGAGUUGCCUGAACCACUGAUGACCUUCCAGAUGUAUGAUGAGUGGAUUCAAGCCUCAAAUGUUGCUGAUCCAGAUAAAAGACUGCAAGCAUUGUGGGUAGUGUGUGACAGUUUACCAAAGGCCAACAAGGCUAACCUGAAAUAUCUGGUGAAGUUUCUGGCCAAGCUAGCUCAGGAGAGUGAUGUGAAUAAGAUGACCCCAAGCAAUAUUGCCAUUGUACUGGGACCAAAUUUGCUGUGGGCCAAAACCGAGGGGACUCUUGCUGAAAUGGCAGCUGCUACUUCAGUCCAUGUGGUGGCGAUUAUUGAGCCCAUCAUCCAGCAUGCUGACUGGUUUUUUCCAGAAGAUGUGGAAUUCAAUGUGUCAGGGGUGUUUGUGAUGCCCACUGGCCCCGUGCACCAGUCUGGACACCCUGUUACCCCCGAGCCUGAAUAUGCCACUAUAGAGCGGAGGCGCCCGGGCAGCCUGGGGGGAUUGGAACCCGAGACUCCCCGCAAAGACAGCCUCACUAGCAAACAUCCGGAGCAUGCACCUCGUAGAACUGCCACUCUAAAUAGAAAGCAGCAGCAGCAGCACACCUCUCCAGCCUUCCAGCCCCCUCUUCCUCCAGUGGAGGCAGGGGGGGUCCCAGCGUCCGAGCCCUCAUCUCAAUCAGCUCUAGGGGGCUCGGAGGCUGGAGCUAUAACGGCUCAGACCCAGCAGCAAUCUGCUGAAGAGAGCAGUGUUGGGCGAGAGCCAACCUCCACACCUCCUCCCCUGAGAAAUGGCCCUGGAGGCUCCAGUGGAUCUCCUGGGCAGCUGAACAUAGGGACGCCAACAUCUGCUUCCAAGGGCCCAAGUCCACACUUGAUGCGCAGGGGUACAAAGAAACAGGCCCCUGCACCACCUAAAGUGGCUCCCAGCCCCUCUUUCUCAGCAACUACACCCUUGAAGGCCACACCCCCCUCCUCUAUACAGGUCCAAUACCAAACCCCUGUCGCGACUAUUGUCCAGCCUGCAACCUUACCUCGCCGCCACUCCAAUAACCAGAUACCCAUCCAUGCCCCAAGUCACCCUCCUCCUCAGCCUCCACAGAAUGCAGCAGACCCAGAGCCAUCCCCUCCCAACAGCCCCACUCCUCCUGGCACCCCCCCACAUGACUCCACCCACUCUGCUUCUUUGUCCCGCCCUCGACCAGUUCCCAGACCACGGCCCAGACCCAGUGUACCGCCGCCGCCCCAGCCUCCCGGUGAGAGCACUAAUGGAGUGUGUAACUCUGCUUCCAAGAUCAUCACAGAUGUGUGACCUCCUGCCUGUGAACUAAGAGUUGAAUGGCAGGCUAUGAUGUGGCCGUGACAUUGAAGGGGUCCGGGCGGCUCCUUGUCCCGCAUAUAGCUGUGGAACAGCCUGUGACUACACCACCUGAAGCUGAGAACCAAUCAGAGAGCACCAUCUUUUAAGAAGUAGAUGAAACACCUCCUCAACACGCAGCCAAUCACUCCCUAUAUUGCUGUUUUGAGGCAGAGCGAUGCUCUGUAGACAAUCCUCGAACUCUGGGGUCUUCUGGGCACCGAGGGAGCUUUUUAGACGCUGUUACUGUUUCAACAUUUGCUGACAUAUUGAAGCUUGAGGUAAGCAAUUAAACAUGCUGUAUACUGUACCAAUAUCACAAACUGUAACCUCUCUCUCGUGCCAGAAUGUUUCCAGUUGUUAGGCUUUAACUUUAAAAAAUUUUUUUCGUGCUUUUGAAUUGUAUUGUGAACUGCAUACAUGCGUAUUAUUACUUGAGAGUGUUUGACUGCAUAAUUGUAAGGGAACAGCCAAAAACAGUAUGAGAUUCGUCAAUGAAGUUCUCUUUCCCACUCUGAAUUCUCUGUGCUGCCUUGUGUCUGUUAUCAUUCUGUUUUAUUCCUGUCAGCCAUCUUUAUUUUAAACUUUCAGCUACUGAGAGUGCAGGAUUUCAUUUUGACUGCCUGAGAGAUAAUAGAGUGAUUUUAAACAGACCAAAAACCUUUUAUAGGAAACGUUUCAUAGAGAAAAACUAUGGAAAUGCAGUGUAUGGCUAAAUAUCAAGUAUUGAAUUUUAAGUACUUUUAUUCAUGUGGUGCAAUAUUGAUUGCAGUUUAGAUCUUCUUUUUUUCUUCUUCUUUUUUUUCUCUUACAAAUGAGACAAUCGCUAUAUCAAUAUUUUAAUGUAAAUGAGUGCAAAUUUGAUGCAAAAAAGGAAAUGGACCAAAUAAUACAGCAAUAAAUUCACACAUCUCACAUAUCAGCUAAACAUUAUUUAAAGUGGAUAUCUACACCGUGUCAGUGAUCGUUUCCAUCCGUAUGCAUUGUUUUUGCUUUAAUAAAUAACCUGAAAUGUAAGUUGCCACAAAGCUAUUCUUAUUAUAAUGUUUCUCCUGACUCUGCUGUUCAGUACAGAUUAUCAGAUGUUUUAGGGAGAAAUGCUACACAACAUUGAUGUCUUCCAUAAAGGUCCCAAUACUAAAUUCCCAGCUAGAUUGAAAAGAUCUCAUUUGAUUUUGUUUGAAAUUUCUUUAUUACAUUCUGUGUUUGUAAAUGUUGGUGUUAUUUUUAAGAAUGACAGUCAAGCAGAAAUGUUGGGUGAAUAUGUGUAGAGUUCAGUUUUGCUCAGGAAAUAGCAACUCAGAAAUAUGAGUCAUUCAUCCAUUUAAUUACUGACAUCUUUUUUUUUCUUCCUUUUUUUUUGCAGCAGACUAAUUUUAAAUGAAUUCAGAGCUUGUAAAUGUUGAUUUGUAUUUUUUGUUUCAUUUUUUUUCUUUUAUACUGGGUGCACCUUUUCUGCAGCUCUUUCUCAGCUGGUUCUGCACAUCUAUCAAAGCAAAGAUACUCUGGUCUGUUGUACUGAUUACUGCUGUAUUUCCUAUACAGCAAGUGGAAUGACAUACAAUUGCCUAAUAAAAUUCCAUGCAAUGAGAAAAA